CUACACGUGUGUGUGGGGGUGGGUGUGCGCGGGCUGGGCGAGACACACGCACGGAGUUGGGAGCUGCUCGGUAUACGGCAAUGGUGGACGUGCAGGAAGAUAUUAUAGCGGUCCUGGACAAGGCCCAGACGAGCACCGUGACGCACGCAAAGUUGAUCAAGACGCUCCGACCCCUGCACGAUCAAACAGACUUGUACGAGUUUUUGGAGGCCUUCGUGACGCCUCUGCGCGCGGCGCUGGUGGUGGUGAGGAAGGAGCCGGCCGUGGAGCGAGUGUUGGACUUUGCCGCCAAGUUCGCGGCCUCCGUGGCUCCUCUGGAGAGUACAGCUGCUAGUGGAGAGGAAGAAGAAGAUGCUGCUGGAGACGAGGACGGUGAAGAGGACAAAGAUGAAGAAGCAACAGAGGACAGGGGAGAGAGUGAUGGAGGGAGUGAGGACAGAUACACUGAAACAGAAGAGGAAGAAGAAGAGAAGGAAGAACUCGAUGAAAACUUCUUCAAUUUCCUGCUGUUAAAGGUGCUCUCCUUCCACGGCGCCAGCGGCAGAGCUGUCAGGUUCCGGUCGUGUCAGCUGGUGGCCAAGAUGGUGAAGUGUGCGGUGGAGAGGGGCUGCUGGCUCCAGAGCUCAGUGUUGGAGGCAGUCCGUGAUGUCAUGAUGGAGAGAAUCAGGGACAAGAUCCCGGUGGUGCGGGUGCAUGCAGUGCAGGCACUGGAGCUGCUGCAGGAAGACGUCUCUCUGCAGGAGGAGCUGGCCAGGCUCCUGGAGAGGGACCCUAGUCCCGACGUCAGGAGAGCCACUCUCAACACCAUCGUCAUCACCGAUCACACCCUCCCUGCCAUCAUUAGUAGGACUCGUGACGUGAAGGAGCAGAUCAGGAAGGAUGCCUUCUGGAUGCUCGCUGAGAAAUGCAACAUCAGAAACUUUCGCAUCGAGCAGAGGAUUAAACUGCUCAGUGAUGGCCUGAAUGACAGGUCCUAUGCAAUAGUGUGUAGUGAGUCAUGACAUCAUUGGGACCAAUCAUAGUAGUGGGUUCUUCUAUUAUAGUUGGAUAUACUUAUUUCAGGGGUUAAAUUGCACGCAAGGGCCUGUUCUUAGGGAAGAAAAGGUCCUUGUUAGAGAGUUCUCAUUUUCAUGGGUGUACUAGAGAGUACUGUAAUACUCUAGUAAUGGUGUUGUUGUUGUCUGUGUCCAGAAGUGAGAUAGUGAGAGAGGCGUGUGUGAAGGGACUGCUGCACAGCUGGAGCAGCAACCUCAACGGAGACCUACUGGCCCUCCUCUCUAAACUGGACGUGGAGAGCUCCUCCGAGGUGGCGGAACAGGCGUUGUGUCGGCUGCUGGAGGAGAUAGACGUGGGGUUGGUGGUCCAGAGCACCGUCGAACUCAUGGACCCAGCCAACAGACUGGAGUCCUGGGACGACGAGGACGAGGAGAGGGUGGAGAUGACCGUCACAGAGAGGGUGCUGCCUUAUGACUUGCUGCACUCUGCAGAGGCCUUCUACUGGAGUUGUGUGUGUCGUUACCUGCACAAAAUGGGAGACGAAGGAGAUCAGCUCAUGGAGAAGGUUCUUCCGACUCUGUCUGACUUUUGUGUCUACGUUCAACAGUACGUGGAGAGGGAGCUGCUGCCAGCUAAAGAUGUGGAGGAGGAGAUGCAGAAACAGUUUGUGUGUGUCCAGCUCCUCUCCGUAUUCUCAGUCAUGGACCUCUCAGAUGAAGUCGGGAGACAGAGACUGGGUAAGAUGGUGCUGGACCUGCUGAUUCUACCCGGCCUACCUCUGGCUCUGGUCUCUCCUCUCCUCUCCCAGCAGACUACUCUCUGGCCUCAACCACACACUCGUGUGGAGAAGUUGUUGGAGGUGAUAGCCGACCUUCAGCAGCCCUCUCUCUCCGCCACCCUCUCCUCUGGUGGAGGCGUAGCUCCCUCCUCCUCCUCCCAGUCCACCUCAGUGGAUGAGUCCCAGAUGAAUGCUCUCUCCAACCUCUCUCUUCUUGACACCCACUCUGACCCCGACAUACUAGCCAGGUGUUUGAUGAUAGCCACUGAGAUGCUGAAGGAACAGAGACUGAGGAAACUGCCUGUAAACCUAAAGACAAUGGUCGAUGUUCUGGUUCUCCCCUCCAUUCAGAGUGAGCUCCCUGACAUUCGAGACCUGGCCUUUUGCUGUCUGGGUCUGGCCUGUCUCCACGACGUAUCUCUGGCCAGAAACCAUCUUCUCCUCUUCCUGCAAGUGAGUCAGGUGGACCACGAGUCAGUGCAGGCCACGGCGGUGAAGGUGGUGUUUGAUCUCCUACUACUGUUUGGAUUCGAGGCCUUCAGCCUCACCUGUCCGGGCAGCUCCUCCAAGACCAAGACUCCCGACACACAGGACCAGGCUGAUGAGACUCUGGUGGCAGAUGGUGAGGGUAAAGAGGUGGAGGGUGGGGAGGCGGGUAAGGAGGGAGCAGGGGAGGAGGGAGCAGGGGAGGAGGGUGCAGAGGAGGGAGCAGGUGAGGAGGGAGCAGGGGAGAAUGGUGAGACCAAGAAGAUAACUCAGAAAAUCCUGGCCACCAUGGCAGACUUCCUUGACGGAGAGAGUCCGGUAUUGAGAGAGAUAUCAGGGGAGGGGCUGGCCAAACUGCUGCUGAGCCGCCGAGUCAUCAGCCAGAAACUGCUUGCCAGACUCCUCGUUCUGUGGGUAGACCCCUCCACUGACGAAGAGGCCAGACUCCGUGCAGUGCUGGGGAAUCUUCUUCCCGGCCUUUGCCUCCUCUGACAGGAGCUGUCGAGGGAUGGUGGGAGAAGUGUUUCUGCCGGUUCUGGAGGCAAUAUCAGAGGCCCCUGCCGAGUCUCCUCUGAGAGGCAUCGACCUGGAUCAGCUGGCAGACUACCUGGUCCACCUCUGUGCCCCUCAGGAGCCAAACGAGGACUCUGUGCACGACAGUCUGGCAAUAAGUGUGGCUAAUGCUGUUCUGUCGGAGCCAGAGAACAGUGUGCUCACUAGGGUCUACUGCCGCUCGCUCACACACAUGCAACUCUCCUCCUCCAACAAGGCUGAGUUGCUGAUUCUGAUGGAGCAGAUUGAGAGAAACGUGGGUGACAAGAGAAGUCUUAACUACAUCAAAAAGGUCGUUCGGUCUCUGAGGAGCAGUGAGGGAGACGAUGCAACAGCAGAUGGCAAGUUGGAGGAGAAAGAAGAGGAGGAGGAGAGGGAGGAAGUUGGUGAUGAUACUAUAGUAGCUCCUGCCACCACUCCCCCGCGACGUGCUAGUCCUGCCCAACAGACCGCUACCAGAAGCAAGUCAAAGUCUGUAGUUCAAAAAUCCACUAGAAAAGCCAAGGCGUCAUCGAAGAAAACAGUGAAGAAAAGGAGAAAGAGGACUACCUUCCUGGACAGUAGUGACGAGGACGGCAGCGACAGUUGUGGAGAUGUGGAAAUACCUCCUCAGCAGCUCUCAUCUUUACCAUCAAGAGUCAGGUCUUGCAGGAUUGCAAAAAUGUCGGCUCGGAAGCGGAUAUCAGAAUUCAGUGGUGUCACUCCGCGAGGCAGGAAGGGAAAGGAGGAAACGGCGGAGGAGAGUGAUGACUCGUUAAUUGGGGAGCACUCUCCAUUUGUUCGUCAGCCAGUAAAGAGGACUGGUGGUGGCGGUGGGAUUCCAAUGCUGAACUAUGAUGAUGAUGAUGCUGAUUGAUUUAUUAGCUGAUCUGAUUUUGUAUUUUCCGCGCGCGCAACAGCAAGAGCACGUGGCCGUCACAUGAUAAUUUUGUACGUACGUUUUAUUAUCGCGCGCUCUAUAUGGGCGCUUAAAGUUACGCGCGGCCUUUACUUCAAAUCCGCUAAUGGUGGAGCCGCUGGUUCGUGAUAACGAGCGAGAAGAGAUCGGAAUGCUGUGAUCCUGUCCGAGAAGGAGCGAACAGACCAAACCAAUAGCGGAACAAGACCACCUCCUACUACAGUCAGUAUGAGUCACUCGAGAUGCAGCAAGUUGCAUGCUACGACGCACACCAUGGGCCCCACCCCUCCCUCCCUACCGAAACACAGGGUGGGCGACCUCCUCUGGUGCCGCGAGAACAAAAAGCGCUACUCCCUGUGGUGGCCUGCGAUGGUCACCUACGAACCUCACCAGGCGAUCCUCGUCCGUACUACCCCGCGAGGAAUCCACCAGGUCCACGUCCAAUAUUUCGGGAUUUCGGCCGUGCGAGGCUGGGUCUCGCAGCUUCAAUACGAGCCACUCGUUGACACUGCCAGCAGAAAACUGCCCACGGUCACUAUUGGGAAGAAGAUGAAGUGCGAGUUUGAGGUAGCUAUUCGGGAGGCUACCGAGGCACUCCGACUGACCCACAAAGAGAGGAAACUAAAGUUCAUCUUUAACUUUGAUCCGCUACCAUCCACCCCUACUACCAAGGUCCUGGUGAAGAGUGAGGGAGCAGAGGAGGGUGGAGGUAGAAGAGGGGAGGGGACGAUGUCUGUCAAGGCGGAAGUGGUAGAAGAGGCUAGAGUAAGCCCUGUCAAGAGAGGUGACCUGGAAACAACGCUGGACAAGAGGAGGAAGAACAAGAGGAGAAGAAACAGCGCCAGUUGCUCUCUUUCGACGACGUCAUUACGAAUGGAAAGAAACGAAGUCCCACUCUCAGUCAGAACUACCUCCAGACGAAGACGUGUGCGAAGCUGCAGUGGUUCGGGCGGAGAUGCUGCAAAGAAUUUUGUGGUGUCGCUCCCUUUCAAUGGGCUGGGGAAACCCUCUGGCUCUGCGCCAAGUUUACUGAUCGGCGAAAGUCCUGUCACAAUGGACUCGUUUGCAGUAACUGUUGAUAAAGUUCUAAACGAGGCGUGUGCUGCAGGAGGAGAGAGAGACAGCAAACGCUUCCCCGAGAAGCCCCCCAAUGGAAUGGUCGUUUCUCCCCCGGCGCCAAUGAGGAGGGGCCCCGGCAGACCGAGGAAAAACUCCACCUCCAAACAAAACUUCCGACACGCUGCUCCUCUCGGGAAGAGGGAAACGAGGGGGAGGAGGGCCGUGGUCCCCGUGGAGUGUGAGGUGUCGUCGGCACCUCCGCCAGUCAAGAGACUGGCUCUGGAUCCCGGUUCGGAGAGCGGGAGCGAGAUGUCUGGUGUGAGCAUAGCAUCGGCCAUUCUGACCCCUCCCAGCUCCGGGACCGAGGCCCCCGGUGAGGACGACAGGGGGAGUGUGGGGAGAAUGGGGCCUGGAGACUCUCAUGUGGAGGCAAACGAGAAACCUUUCGGAAGGAGAGGGAGGACGACCAAGUCAGUUUCUGCCAAGAGCAAUACAAGAACAGAGUCUUUCGCACCGGAAUUUCGCAGUGGGGAUUGCGCCAUUUGUGAUGCACGAGACUCGGGUCUCUUGGUGUGUCAGGGACACUGUCUCCAGGCGUUUCACGUCGACUGCCUGGGGUUAGUAGCACCGCCGAGUUUCCAGUUUGUCUGUGACGAGUGCCAGGCCGUGCCCAGACAGUGCUUCAUGUGCUCGGGGUCGACCGGUCCCCUAGAUUGCUGCGCCAAGCCGAGGUGUGGAAAGUUCUACCACCGCUCCUGCAUUCACGACGACAGGCUGUUUGUGUUCGACGACCUCAAGACAAAGUUCACGUGUCCCCUCCACUGCUGUGCAAAGUGUGUCUGCAGCGACCUCGGGUCGGCCUACACACCGCGAGGGAGCACGCUCGUCCAGUGCGUCAAGUGCCCGCUCGCACUGCACAAGCCGCACUGCCUGGUGGCCGGGUGCAGCCUGAUCUCCAGUUCACAAAUGAUCUGCUACCUCCACAUUCGAAUCGAGUCAGAACUGAACCUCUACAAACACCUCAACAUGGACACCUGUCUGGAGUGUGGGGAGUCCGGGUCGCUGUACUGCUGUGACUUCUGCUCCUCGGCCUACCACCGAGAGUGCAUGGAGGAACACCACUUGCCCGUGGAGGAAGGGGAGAGGAGGGAGAGAGGAGCGGAAUUAUUGUCGACUGAGAAAUGGAUUUGCCCGGCAUGUAGAGACCACGACCUCCCCACCUACAGCUCAGUGGUACUGUGCAAGUUUGGCAUUUGGAGGUGGUGGCCGGGGCUUGUGGUUCCGAUGGACGAUGUACCAGACAACAUCGUGAGGAAACGGCCCGGAGAGGGCAUGUUUGUUGUCAGGUUCUGUGGGACUAACGACUACUGCUGGAUCCACCACGGACGGACGCUCUCCCUAUCCCUGGAGCCCGGAGCCGAGCCUGCCAAGGAGGUCAACAAGAUGUGUAGAAACCACGGGAAGAAGCACGCUCACACGGACAAGGUCUUCAAGAGAGCUUGUCAGGAGGCGAUGGAUCUGUACAUGGAGCAGAUGAGAGUGCAGGAGAAGAGCAAACCUCUGCCCAAACAGGAGAGCAAGGCCUACACCAAAAUCAAGAUCAACAAGUACCUUGUGCCGCGGCCCACGAUAUCGGACGAUGACCUCCACUCCCUCCCCUGCCAGUGCACCCCAGAGAGCCCCUGUGAUGACGACUCAAUCUGUGUCAAUCGGGCCAUCCACGUGGAGUGCGACCCCAAGACCUGCCCCGUGGGUCUCUUCUGCCACAACCAGAAGAUGCGGCGCUUCCAGUACGCCAACGCCACCCCCUUCUACACGGGGGGCAGGGGGUGGGGCCUGCGGGCGGCCAGCGACAUCCGGGAGGGAGAUUUCGUUGUGGAGUAUGUCGGAGAGGUCCUGGAUAUGGAGAUGUGUCGGGAGCGAUUGCGCAAGGCACACGAGACGCAGACCCAGCACUUCUACAUGCUGACGCUGGACAGCAGGAACGGGCUGGUCAUCGACGCCAAGGAGAAAUCGAACCACGCUCGCUUCAUCAACCACAGCUGUGAUCCAAACUGCGAGACGCAGAAGUGGACGGUCGGGCACGAGAGUAGAGUGGGGAUCUUUGCCAAGGAGGACAUCAAAGCCGGAACCGAGCUAACGUUUGACUACCAGCUGGACUCUCUUGGGAACGAGAAGAAGGAGUGCCUCUGCGGGAGCCGUAAUUGCAGCGGGUUCAUCGGGGUGAGGUCAAAGGUCGAGCCGAAACCAAAACCAAAGGUGAAGAAGAAGCCGAAGCCGCCAGCUCCACAAAAGCCCCGCCUCCCUCCUCCCAGUGCCCCCUCCGUCGAGGAGACCCACGAUAACGAUUGUUUCUUAUGUGGCGACGGAGGAGACUUGCUCUGCUGCGAUUUUGGCAAGUGUCGCAAGGUCUACCAUCUCCACUGCAUCGGUAGGAAGCUCAUCCCACCGGAGCAGUGGGUGUGCCCCCGUCAUUACUGCACCGUCUGCAGCAAGAGGGCGUUUGUCUUCUGCACCUCGUGUCCUAUAUCCUACUGCGGAAAACACAGACGCAACAGGUUUGUCGAGGUGAAUGGUGAGCGGAAGUGUGAGACGUGUUGCGGCGGUGUCUCGGACUCACCUGAUCUGGGAGAAGAAGAAGAAGAAGAAGAAGAGACAAGCAAGACGGUCUCCAUUCCAUUGACUAGUACAAGUAUUGUCUGUGGAGCUUCCAAACCAGCUGCUGCGUCUCUACCUACAAAAGUCCCCUCGAUACCCCCUCCUCCUCUGCCUCUCUCAUUACCCACCCUCCCUUCGCCUCCUCUCCCUCCUCCUCUGCCUCCCGCUGCACAUAUUCCCUCCAUUUCCCCUCUCUCCUCUCUCACCCCACUGCACCACCACACCCUCCCCUCCCUCCCGGUCCUCACGCACGCUCUCUCCCGGCACCCCCUCCACCCCCUCUCCCACCAGCCAGCAAUUCAGCUCCUCAUGCCUCCCUCCAAUCAUUUCUUCUACUUCAACUCGCCCCAGCCUUUCCUCGGUUCUCCUCCCUCCUCCCUCGUCUACCCUUCAACUUAUCACCACUGACCUGUUCUCGCAUCCAGCCCUCUUUGUAUAUUACUAAAGAUGCCCAUUUUCCCUUCAGCUGUCUGUUAUCAUAUCAUGCUUUGCCCAUUAGCACACUAACUCUCUUUUAUCUAAUUUAUAACUGUAGAUAUUCUCUUUUAUUUGGGCUCGUUGAACUAAACGUCCAGUUCAUCUAGAGCUAUAUUAUAGUUAUUACUUGUUAUGUUUUUAUAAUCAGUAAUCAUAAUAAUUAUAUCAGUGUAAAUACUUUAUUUUUUGCCAACUC